UGUGUUCCUCCAGCUUGUUGUUAUGUGGGGCCAUUUGUCCAAUCAGAGUGGAGUGGCGUGGAAACCUCUGCGUGGAGAAAUCUGAAUGGGAAAUAAGUUUACUUGAUUUUGACAGCGGUGUUUAUGUGACGCCAGCAGGCGGUAAUGUGAAAAAAGUUAGUCGCCGGACAGGUAGAUCUUGCUGUGACAAGGUUCAACGUCUUACUAGUAGCAUGCCACGCAGGUAGCUAACUUCUCGGUGGGAAGGAAACUUGAACUGAGAAUAGAGUUUCCACCCACUAAGAUCAGUACAGCUUUUUUUUGUUUGUUUUGUUUUAAUUUUUUGUUGUUUUUUGUGUGUGGAAAGGACACAAGGAUGAUAACAAGGUACUUACGGGAUAGUGGGCGGGUUUUGACGUUUGUGUUCGUGGCUUCGGUCAUUUGGCUCCUGCUGGACGUUGUUCUUCUCCGAAUGUCUUUCAGCGAAUUCAACCUUCAGCAGCUGAAGGAGCGAGCGAUCAGGGAGAAGAAGCUCCUUAAGCAGCAGGCCAAAGUGAACCAGAAUAGGGACUUAAGGUUCCCUGUGCCGAGGAUGGACACGCCUGUGAUUCCGGAGGAGUACACAGACUGGCUUAGGUCUGAGACCGGGAUCCACACACAAGGGGGGAAAAGACAUGCGGAAGAGAACUUGAAUUUGCAAGACAAUCACAGUAAUCAAACACUGAUUCGAGUGGCUCCUGCUAAAAAGCCUGUGGAUUUACUUAUGAAUGAUGCACUGUUAUUGGAGAAGAACACAGUAAAGAAUGACGCCAUUGCAGGAACCCAGCAUAGUGUUGAUGGGCGAAGAGAUGCAGAAAUCAAUCUGAUGAAGACUGCACAGAAUAUUAAAGAUGAGGCCAAGGAAAACCAGGAUACAAAGAAGGAACCUACAGUUGAAAGAACACACACACCUACAACAAAGACACAUGUAUUUAAGGAGAACCACACUGAGAUGUUAUCAAAAGAGUCAGCAGUCUCCAUAAAAGCAGGUGUCCAUCAGGUGCUGUCCCUCGAUGUGACUGAUGCCCCCAGAGACCCCGCUGCCAUCGGCCAGUUCGGCCAAGCGGUCGCCAUGUCCAGCGACAUUGACAAAGAGGUGAAGAAACGAUGGGAUGAGGGAUUUUUUAAUGUCUACGUGAGCGAGCAGAUCCCAGUGGACCGAGCCAUUCCUGACACCAGGCCUGACAUCUGCGCCCACAAUGUGGUCCACGAUGACCUGCCUUCCACUAGUGUGAUCUUCUGCUUUGUGGACGAGGUGUGGUCCACCCUGUUGCGCUCCGUCCACAGCGUACUCAAUCGAUCACCGCCACACCUCAUCAAGGAGAUCAUUCUUGUGGACGACUUUAGCACCAAAGGUUACCUAAAGGAUCAGCUCGACAAGUACAUGUCCCGGUUCCCCAAAGUCCGAAUCAUUCACCUGAAGGAGCGUUACGGCUUGAUCAGGGCCCGCUUGGCUGGAGCAGCUGUUGCAAAAGGUGAAGUUCUUACCUUCCUCGACUCGCACAUUGAAUGCAACGUGGGCUGGCUGGAGCCUCUGCUGGAGCGGGUCUACCUAAAUCGCAGGAAGGUGUCCUGUCCAGUCAUCGAUGUCAUCGAUGACCAGGAUAUGAGUUAUAAGAAGGUUGACAGUUUCCAAAGAGGCAUUUUCAAAUGGCCUCUGCAGUUUCACUGGAGCACUCUAUCCAAUGAGUACGUUAAGAAGAAGAAUAUGACCGAGGCUGAUCCUAUCAGAUGUCCCGUUAUGGCUGGAGGACUUUUCUCCAUUGACAGGAAAUACUUCUAUGAACUCGGCGCCUACGAUCCAGGCUUGGAAGUGUGGGGUGGAGAGAACAUGGAGAUUUCCUUUAAGAUCUGGAUGUGUGGGGGUGAAAUUGAGAUCAUCCCCUGCUCUCGAGUGGGACACAUUUUCCGGAAACAGAGCCCACAUAAUUUCCCAAAGGACAAACGUAGGACAGUGGAGCGCAACUUGGCCAGGGUGGCCGAAGUCUGGCUGGACGAGUACAAGGAGCUUUUCUACGGCCAUGACAACCACCACCUGUUGGACAAAAGCGUCAUGGACGUGGGCAACCUCACCGAGCUGAUCGAGCUGAGGAACAGACUCAAGUGCAAGAGCUUCAAAUGGUACCUGGAUAACGUCUAUCCGGAGAUGGUUGCUCCGUUGGUCAAAGCUAAAGGCCUUGUCUUCAAUCGGGGGUUAAGAAAAUGUCUCACUCAGAAGAAAGGUUCUCUCUCCUUUAUGAUUUGUGACUUAGGAAACCAGCGUCAGCACUUUAAUUACACGUGGCUGAAGCAAAUCCGCCAGCAGGACUUGUGUGUUGCACCCGAGGUCAAAUAUAACAGCUUAGUUAUGGAGUCAUGUGACCCUGCUAAUGAUGGACAACGCUGGCUUCACAAAUCUUCCAACUCUGAACUGCCCGAGCACAUGGUCGUCGAGUCUUCUCCCAACCACAUGUGCCUGGAAGCAGCCCCUCAGGGUGACCAAAUUCGUCUCGCCCCGUGCGAUGCCAAAACAUUAUUUCAGAAAUGGACGUUUACAAACUACUUUUCUCAGUGAAGAGACUCAACAACUCUAAUUUGUGCUGCAGGUCUUUUCCUUGGAGCCUGUUUACAUGUGCAAUGUUUUCAUGACCACAUCCCUUUCUUUAUGACCCCAUUGCCUGUGUACUGUAUAUACUUUUCACGUGAAUUGCACAUUUGAUACACUCCAAAGUAAGUACCAUAGUUACUAAACAGCGAUUAUGUGCCUCGUGUUUCCUGUGAAUUAAUUAAACUGAUACUUGAUAUAAAACAUGUUAAGCAAUUAUGGACAUAGCUGUUUUUAAGGUGUUUACUUCAGGUACAACAACUGUGGUUUUAAAGGCUGCAUUAUUAGGUGGUGGGAAUUGCAUUGUGUUAUUUUGUCACUAGAGGGAGGCCUUUAAUUGUGAUAUUCUAUAGAAUAUUUUGCAAAAACAUGCAAAUAAAAUGACCAA